AAGGAUCCGUCACAUGAGCACUUUCACUUUCCAAAUGUUAUUUGAAGUGGCCUUCCGUGCUGGCGGGAGAUCUAUUUUAUAUUCGAAAAUAACAAUAACAACAUGUUGUAGGCCUACAGCUGAAAACGUUUUGAUUACGUCCAUCGUCCAAACUGGAAUGUAGGCUAUUUUCGUCUCGAUUGCUUUUGCGCGUCUAUCGUCUGAGUGAAUCAAUCCGCCCUGGGCCUGUAUUGAAACGUAAAUAGCCUACAAUCAUACUUUAAUUUAUGAAUCUAUAUGUGCAACCCAAUAUGAACCGGUUCGUUAAUUAUUAAACUGUUAAUAAUAUUCAAUGACCUGGUAAAUAUAGCAUUUUUUUCAACAAAGAAAACUGAUUUGAAGAGGUGAACUGCAGUUGCGAUCGGCGCCAAUGGACCGGUUGGAUUUUCUGACAGAUAAGCAGUUACUGCAGUUUUUCCACUGUAGUAGGACAGAGAUGUCGUGCAUGGAGAAACCACACACCUUUCUUAACCAGCUCCGAGACCACCACCUCAUUCCGGAGAAAAUGCACAAGAAUCUGAUUCGGAUGAAGAGUAAGGAGCUGAGGGAGAAGGGUGUGUACCAGGUGUUGGACUGGGUGGAGGCAGAGAGGCCCGACAGCAUCAAGUUGUUCUGGAACUGUGUGUUCAGGGACCACCUCCUGCAGAAAUACCCCACGUUACGCCUGCUACAAAACCGCCUGCUGAACGGAUCGUUUACAUUCUAUGAGAAACUGCCAGAGAAGGUGGAGAAGGAAGAGGUGGAGGAUAAGAAGAAGAAGGCUUCAGUGGAAGGAGAAGAGGAGGAGGAGGAGGAGGAGGAGAAGAAGACAGGAAGGAGAAAGAGGAAACAGAAAAAGAGAAGUGGGAGUAUGGAGGAGGAGCAGCCCAGCACGUCCACCCAGUCCACCCCCAGUCAGAAGAGGAAAGUCCAGAGGCCCAAAUACUGUUCUACUUUAAGGAAAGGGGUGAAAGCUGACAUCUGGACCUGGCCCAUCUACAAGAUCCAACUCCCAGUCAACUGUGGGGACAAAGAAGGCAUGCUCAAUAGGGUAAAGCUGGCCAAAGGGGAGAGGUGCAUUGUGGUCCAGGGUCGCUGGUUAACCCCAAGUGUCUUUGAGGAGUUUGGGGGGAAGAAGAACAGUAAGAACUGGAAGUACAGUAUCCGCUGUAGAGACACCACUCUGGGAAAACUGAUCCAGGAAGGUCAUUUAACUUCACCAGGCUUUAAAAGAAGAAAGAGUGCACAGGCCAAGAGAACACUGUUACCCUCCAACCAAUCAGCGGGCUCAAUCACAGAAUCUGAGGAGGAUGACAAUGAUGAGGAGGAAGAGGAGGAAGAAGAAGCUGAGCAGGAAGGAGAGAGAGGAAAGCAGGCAAACACUGCUGGAGGAGAGAGCAGUACAGGAGGCAGCCAUGGUGUGGUGAAAAAGUCUGUCUUCAAAGUCACCUGUGGGGCCAUCAAUGGAACGCUACAUAAGGAGCGGUUUGCAUCAGGGUCAUGUGGAAAGAGCAUCCGUACGGAGCUGCGCUGGAUGACCCCGAUGGAGUUUGUGACGGGGGGGUCAGCUCUGGCAGAUGCCUCCUGGAAGAAAGACAUCCAGUGGGAUGGGAAACCACUCAGCAUCCUCAUCGAGAGUAAGAUCUUGGUCAUCCACUCCCUCCUUUGUAAAUGCAAGCUGUGCAGCCCCACGGCCAAAGACCGUCACGAUCAGGACAACGAUGAUGACUGCUUCAUCUGUAGAAGCCAGGGCAGCUUGAUAUGCUGUGAUAAGUGUCCUCGCUCCUUCCAUCAGAGAUGUCAUCUUCCUAAUGUGGAUGACGCUAUGCUGGGGAAUAAUCGUCUGUGGAUGUGUACAUUCUGUGUACUGAGGAACAGUCAGUCGUGGCGUUACCCCAAACAAAUGACCUACCAGGAAGCCUUAACCUGCCGAAUCUCUGACCACCUACUGGAAUGCCAGUACCUCCUGCUCUGUCUAUACUACGCGGACGAGGACCAGAUCUUUGUGGAAGAUCCUUGCAUCCACGUGAGAAACUACACCAGUGUGAUUAAGACCCCUAUAUGGCUGGACAGGGUUGUGGAGAACCUGCAGCAGAAUCUCUACCAGUCAGUGCAACACUUUGUGUCUGACGUGUUGCUUAUCUUCACCAACUGUGCCACAUUUAACAGGGACAAUGCAGAGUUUCGUGGUAUGGGCGAAAGAUUGAAGGAUCUAUUUGAGAGAGAGUUCAAGAGUACAUUCAGCAUCCAACUUCAGCAUCCAACUGCAUCCAACAGCCAGUAGAGCCUUCAUCAAGUCUGUACUGUUAUCUCACUAUGAGACAACAGGGAUUAUUCACCAUGCCCUGGUCUUUGUAUACGGCCUUCAUACAGACUUGUACACCAAGUUGUACAGAUCUUAUUUUCCAUGCAUGUACAUUAUUAUCCAUCUAGUCCUUUCAUGAAUUUCUUUCAUUCUUUCUACCAGUCAAAAAUGGGUGUGUGAUAAUAAUUGAAAUAGAAUGAUGGUGAAAACAUUGCAUUUCAUACAGUAAAUGUCGCUUUCCUAACUUCUCAUGCAAGAGCCAUAGAAGUCCUUACCUUCCAGGCUUCUUACUUCUGGUCAGGCCUUACUAGAUUUAUGUCCAGGGAUUCUGUCGAAAAUAAACUAAAGAUUUUCAAAAAAAUUGUACAACAUACUGUAGGUCUACUUGUUUGACUGUGUGUAGCCUACCAAAAUGGGGUUAUUUUGGAAGGAGAAUAUCAUCAGACAGAGUAGCAGCACUCUCUUUAGGGCAGUUUGGACAGCGUCUGCGUUGCGUCUCUGCCCUCGUGCAGGGCCCGGGAACGCUGGUAACGUCACCACAAUUGCCAGCAGCGAAUCCCUGCCCAGAGCUGCGCAUCAGUGUUGCGCAGACAUGCUUGGUAAAGAACGCAGCCUUUUCUCUUCAGCUUGUUGUAAAGCCACAGGUCCAAGAAUGUAAAUACUGCAAUAGUUGCUGAUGUUGGGUUUGUAGGCAAGUUUCUUUAUAUCUACUUGAAAGACGAAAACUUUUUCCUUCUCAUAAACAUUGAGAAAGCCACAUAGGCAGCCUAUUUAUCGAUCGAUUCCAUAGCCAAGAAAGUGUGCUUGGUAGACACGGUAAUGUAAUUUAAUAUCACUGUAAAAAGAGAAGACUCCGAAGACGACGAUUCAUCUUCACUGCAUUUGGAUAAAAGAGGCUCAGAGUCUGCAGUUCUUCAUAAUAUUUAUCCGGGAGAAGGCAGUCCAAUAGAAGACAAUGCAGAGUAUUCAACACAGCAUGGGCGGCUGGCAACUAAAAGGACCACCAAACCCACUGUACUUUAAGUUAUUGUUGGAACUGUAUAAUCAGACAGAGAUAGCAUAUUUCAGUCUUGUCUCACAGGAACUUUUUGUUUAGAAACACUAGUAGAUAAUAGCAGAAUAUACCGCACAACCAGAGCUGAUUAGCCUAGUGAAGGUGCUGGAGGCAAAACUGGAGUAACAGGAAAAUGUCUCUGCACACAUUAGAAAUACUAGAACAGUAUUUAAUGAAAGAUCAGAAUUGUAUUGAAAUUAUGAGCUAAAGCAAAAUAAAAUGCGUGCACAUCUUCCGGGCAUAACAGACAGUGUUGGCUUAAAAUCAUGGGAUUAUUGAAACUAUAUUUUCGUCUGCACCAAUGGCGACCCGUCAUUCAGGGCAGGUGGGGCAUAGCCCACCCGUUUAGCUAAAAACCUGUUUUGUAUG